AUGAGUACGAUACAGAAUAUCAAGAACUUCAUUAGGCAUGGCAAGCAGGCCCGCCUAGUCACUCCUCACUCCGAACCUACCACCGACGUUUCUACUAUUCAUGCCGAGCAACAGCGACAGCCAUUAGGCCAAUUUUCGCCCGCCUUGGAAGCUUUUGGGCCGGAAGGCCGGGCCAAUGCGCAGCAGAAGCCCGACUCACAGAUCAGGCAAGAUCGCUCUGCUGAGAUUGAACGCUUAGUCGCAGAAGAAAAUUUGAGUCGAUCCAAAAUGCCCAAAUACCCAGGUUUGGAUCGCUGGAUCCUGAUGGAGAAGAUGGGUGAUGGCGCUUUCAGCAAUGUCUACCGCGCCAAGGAUAGCACAACGGAAUAUGGCGAGGUGGCCAUCAAGGUCGUUCGCAAGUUCGAAAUGAACAGCAAUCAGAACGACCCCAACUAUCCCACGGUCAAAAAAGUCCCCAAGGCGGCCGAGCGAGCAAAUAUUCUCAAGGAGGUUCAGAUUAUGCGCAAUCUUGACCACCCCAAUAUCACCAAGUUGAUCGACUUUUCCGAGUCCCGACAAUAUUACUACAUCGUCCUCGAGCUUUGCCCCGGAGGCGAACUAUUCCAUCAGAUUGUGCGAUUAACCUACUUCAGCGAGGAUCUCAGUCGGCAUGUCAUCACUCAGGUUGCAGAAGCAAUUGAAUAUUUGCAUGAGACGUCAGGUGUCGUUCAUCGUGACAUCAAACCCGAAAAUCUCCUGUUCUACCCGAUUCCCCACGUCCCCACCAAAAACCCCAAGCCCAAGCAACCCGGUGAUGAAGAUAAGGAAGAUGAGGGAGAGUUCAUUCCUGGCCAGGGCUCAGGUGGCAUUGGCAAGAUCAAGCUAGCAGAUUUCGGUCUGUCCAAGGUGAUCUGGGAUAGCCAAACUAUGACCCCUUGUGGAACAGUCGGAUAUACGGCCCCAGAGAUCGUCAAGGAUGAGCGCUACUCCAAGAGUGUGGAUAUGUGGGCCAUGGGAUGUGUGCUCUACACCCUGCUUUGCGGUUUCCCUCCAUUCUACGACGAAAGUAUCCAGGUCCUCACCGAGAAGGUCGCACGUGGUCAAUACACCUUCCUGUCACCAUGGUGGGACGACAUCUCCAAGUCGGCCCAAGACCUGAUCUCCCACCUUCUCACCGUCGACCCCGAGAAGCGGUAUACCAUCAAGGAAUUCCUCGAGCACCCUUGGAUCCGCGGCACAGACGAAGAGACUACCGCCGCUGCAGAUGCUCCCCCUUUGGCCACACCCCUCCAACCCACGGAGAAGGAUCAACACUUCGACUCAGUCAGCGCCGAGCACGGCCCCUACCAACCCGCCAGUGCCCGUUUUCUCGACCAGCCCUCCGUAACAUCCGACCGCCGUAUGGACUUCCGAUCCCCCGGCGCAUUCAACCUCCGCGAGGUCUUCGACGUUGGCUACGCAGUCCACAGACAAGAAGAGGAAGGCAAACGCCGCACCAAUAUGCGCAACUCCAACCGCAGCGGCACAGCUGGGUUCCAAUCGGCCCUCGGCGCCCUCAACGAAGACUACGACGACGAACCAGAAUACAGCCACCGCCUAGGCGAGCAGCCCCCACAAAAGGUAGCCAAGGCCCAAGGAACAGGCGAGAUGGCUGGCAUGGAAGCCAAGCUCCGCUCGACAAAUCUCAGCAACCAGAGCAGCGCUGCGCAAGCACGAGCCGCUCCCCAUCAACAGAAAGCCCGCCAAGGCUACGGCAUGCACGAUGCUAACGUCGCCUCAGCGGCCAAGAGCACAAUGCGCAAGCCCCAACAACCCUUCGAGCUGACCCUCGACGGCGCCACUCUCCUCGAAAAGCGUGGCCGUCGUAAUCAGCCGGUGGCAUAG